AUGCACAUUGGAGUCACGAUAGGUGAAGUUCACCGAGAAAAGCGUUUCGUUCUUCAGCGGGGAACGACCCGGUUCGCAUUUCCCAUUCCAACGACAUACCCCAUUCCGACACUUCCCCUUUACACGGGUAUAACACCGCCGACAGUAUCCACUAGAACAUGGCCGACAAACAAACCAGGGAUAUUCUUCACUCCCCCGACACAGUCAAUUAUAAAUGCGACACAGAUAAAUUGUCCGGCCAAAAGAGACGCGAGUCGUCAAAGAGUUCUUCUCGACGAUAAUUUGUUGAAGCAGGUGUACUUGGAAUUGAUAGGGAAUUAUGACCAGAGAGUCACCGCCGCAACGGCGGAAGAAGCGGCAAAGAACUUCCAACAUCUGCUGAAAAGUAGAGGCAAUGAGAUUUCUGGUCAAAAGCUUAAAGCAGAGAUGUCAAAGGAUAUCCAAGCAGUAAAGAACUGGCAACAAGCAGUCCAAUCCAAUAUGGCCAACACUACCGGGAAACUAAACAGUACCCAACACAGUAGAACUGGAAAGAAGUUACAAACAAGUAUCAAACGCAUUCUCAAGCAGAUACAUGUAACAAAACGAGAUCUUAGAUACAUCCUUGGACUCUCGAAUAGUUUGGACGAGAUACUGCAAUAUAAGACACUACAGAUGAGGUCGAGUAGGGCAAAACGAGACACCAACGGCGCAGUGUCUCACAUAGAAUACUGCCAGGCCCGGGGUCAUCCAACUGGCGAUGGAUACCUACACAUGUGUACCUCAUGUGCGCUUACUACUCAACUGCCCGAGGACAGGUUCCCGAGAUAUAUCAAUGAGGUGGAUUGUCAUCUCACAGACUGUGAUUGCUUCAAUACGCCUAAUACUGCUCACGGUCGAUGCCAAAAGAUAGUUCGGACAAUUAAAAUGCUGAAGAGAAAGGCUGGUGGAUGUCGGCUCCUAAUACAAAAUGGUCAGCAGUUCAUUCUGGAUGACUGGCAAGUUUAUGACCAAAGAAUACGCGUUGGUUGCGAGUGCGUUUUCAACAAAAAUUCUCAAUUCGCAGGAUUCAUUCCAUUGACAGGCUAA